AAGUACAAGUACAACGACGUUACGUCUUCAAUGCGAAUAAUUUUGAAAUGAAUGAACAAACGCCAGUCGCUACUGCAUAACUGAUGGAUCGUACAGUAGCUAGCUAGCUGUCGCGAGCUAGGCUGUCCGAUCCGGAUCGCCUCCACCGCUGUAACAAGUGGGACAAGUAACUAAUUAUUUUACUAGCCUAGUGUAGUCAGUAAGCUAUCGUUCGUGGAUCUCCGGAGUUGCUCUACGCGAUGGCUGAAACAGGCAAUCCUAUUCCAACCUGCCGCGACCAAGAAGGAUGAGGCCGAGAAUACUCUUGUGGGUGGUUGCUCUGAUCGCUCAAGCUUACACUGGUUCUUCUGAGGAGACUGAAAGUCAGAGGACAGAGCCAGGACCUGCCGAGCGCCGCCACGUACAGCUGGUUAUUCUGGGAGGUGGAAUCGCCGGACUGUCGGCUGCUCGCAAGCUCAAGCAGCACGGUGUGACGGAUUUUGCGCUUUUGGAGGGCCUGGACCACGUUGGUGGCAGGCUGCGCAAUGGCAAAGUUGCCAACGUCACUGUGGAACUGGGGGCCAAUUGGGUGCAUGGGAUAACCGGAAAUGCAAUAUGGCGCAUGGCCCAGGAGUGCGGCUUGAAAGGCGUCUUUUCCGACUUUGACAAUGUCACAAUGCGAUGGUCGAGUCGAGAUACCAAUUUGUACCGACGAACAUUGCCAGUUUCACCCGGUGGCAAGCACACACAGGCAGACAACGACGACAUGCCCGGCAAUAGCAAUCCUCGCAGGGUGCCCACCAGUCAUCUGCAUAGUCACAAGGUGAAGCGCGAGCAGGACGCAACGCUUCCCGUUGCACACUGCUACGUGGAGGAGGGCAGCAAGACGUGUGCAGGUGACUCCGGUUCUGACAUGCUGGACAGGUGGAAGACACUGGAGUUCACCGAGGAGAUGGUCAAGAGGCAACGCAUGCAAGUGGACGACUCGGCCGACGACUACUCCCUGCGUGCGGCCAUGCGCAUGGAAGGUUGGGUGCCGGAGGAUCAUGCCGACCAUGCUAUCGAGUACUUCAACUAUGACUUUGAGUAUGCGCGGUCGCCGGAUGAAACCUCCUUCAUUGGCUCAUCCCUGCACGUUUAUGAAGAUUUUGACAGUGAGAACUUCUUCGUGGCCGACCAACGUGGCUUCUCGACGAUCAUUCUGAAAACAUGCCAAGACACCUUUGGCUCCGCUUGUGUUCUUUCAAGCGUGGGAGAUGAGCCACACCGCCGAGACAGUCAUGCUGCUGCUUUCGACACGUUGCCUGGUGAUGGUGCGGGACCGUGGCUGAUGCUGGGUAGAAACGUGACCCGUGUAUCCACUAGCUGUGCUGCGGCAAAGCCUGCUUGGAAUGACACGGGCACACGUUACUGUGUGACAAUGGCCGAUGGUUCGACCCUCACUGCUGACCACGUCAUUAUGACCUUUCCACUGGGUGUUCUGCAACACAAUAUUGUGCGGUUCGAUCCUCCUCUGCCCAGGUGGAAGCUGAAGGCUCUGCACCGGAUGGACAUUGGGCUUUUCUCAAAGGUGUUUGUAGCAUUCCCUCGUCGGUUUUGGGACAACAGCCAGUUCUUGAUCUACGUGUCCAGCCGGAGGCGCUUCAUGGUACCCUGGGUAAACAUAGACUAUGCCGUGCCCGAGAAUGCAACAAAAUCACAGCACAUCUUAGCUGUAAUCUUGACUGGUGAGGAGGCAAGUCGUGUGGAGGAGCAGCCACUGGCUCAGACCCAAUCCGAGGUGAUGGAGACCCUGAGGGACAUGUUUCCAAGCGAGGAUAUCCCCGAGCCAAUCGACAUAAUGAAAACGGACUGGGACAUUCAUCCGUUCUUUCACGGCAGCUACAGCAAUAGACCGGUCGGUGUAACUGACAACGACCUGCAUAACAUCCGAGCUCCGGUGGGGCGUUUGUAUUUCGCUGGUGAGGCGACAAGUGAACGCUACAAUGGAUUCUUACAGGGUGGACUAGAGAGCGGGCUCCUUGCUGCUGGAGAUGUCCUGGCAAGGCUCGGUCUGGCGGGUGACAUGUGUGAGAGCGACCAGCCUAGACCGCAUCGCUCCACGGACCAUGGCCAUGAGCAACACAGGCACAGUGGCAAGGGUGAUGAGCUUUCGGCAGAGACGUGUGAUUGUACUGAGAAAAGCACCCGGAAACCAAUCAAGUCCGCAGCUCGCCGCCAUGCUGCACGUUUCCUCGGUGCUAUUUGGCCAAGGGGAAGAAGUCUCACUCAUAACUGUACCUGUGCUGUAUGCAGGAGCAUGGACUGUGCUGGUAAACACUCCAGGUCUGCAAUUGCCAAUGAUACUUGCCACUGUGACUCUUCGUACAGUGAAGGUGGCCACCACCGUGGUAUGAAGUCGCCUCGAUUACUAACGCCUGACAUUCUGUGGCGUCAUAUCUGGCCACUUCAGAAGGCCAGGUUUUUGCUGCUAGUCAUGUGGGGAGGGCUGGUGCUUCUAAUCAGCAUGUGCAUGCGUUCAUGGCAGUAGUCACAAGUACUUAUUAAAAACUUGAUCUUACUCGGCCACCCUAACAUUCUGGCAUUGGAAUACAGCAACCCGCCCCAUUCCUGGUUUUCAAGUGCCCUCUUGCAGACACGCUGUUGGUGAUGACCAUACAAAUGAGUAUUGCUCAUUUUCAUUUCUCUGUCUUACAACGUAUACCUCCCGUUGCCUUUGUAACAUUUGCGAAUGUAAUGGGAUUGCUUUACUCUGAGUUUCCAAGUGCUAUUUAUUUAUUUUUUGAGAUUUGAUGCUGAAGGGAUUGCACCAUUGCAGUAAUAUAAUAUUUACCGUCCUAGCUUGACACUCAGCGCCAGGAACAUUCCUUCAGUUUUGAUAUGAAGUAUACUGCACUUAUCUACGGACAUCUUCGUUUUCCAAAUGUUUAUAUGCAGUCAUGUACAUGAAGUACAUAGUGAGUCGUUUUAAAAGCGGUCUGAACAUAUCUAUAAUACA